UAAGACUUCUCCUCCUCCUCUUCCUCCUCUUCCUCCUCCCCGAGCUGUCAAACUGAAAACUAUGAAUAAGACUGACGCGUCUCGCUGCUGACAUCCACUGACUUUUCUUUUUUUUGUAUAAUCUUUGUGGCUCUGCGUGGCUUUUUUUUCCUCCUUCUCCUUCUUCGUUGUCUGGAAUACCGCUGCCCGGCCACACACACACCCACCACCCGGCAACUCUGAAUGUGGCUGUUAAAGGUGAAUCAAUGAGCCAGCAAUGGAGACCAAAAGAUACCAAAGUUUCUUUGAUGGAAGCGACACAGAGAACAGAUGGUCUCACGUCCCCGGCACCAUGGAGUACUGCUGCAGCACAGAAGAUUUGAGUCUGUCCAGCACUGAUAUCCUGAUGGACAUAGUCAACGUCAGCUGCCCGGCUGGAGGUGCAGCCGCCGACUGCAAAGACAACAACACAAAGAAGCAGGAGCAGCCAAUGCUGCGGCUCGGCCAGAACCAGCCAUUUGUUCUCCCACACUUCAACAACUCUCUCCACGGCCAUAAGCAGGAAAUGGACUCCAAGGAGCUUUCCAAGACUGUGGCCGAGUCCAUGGGUCUGUACAUGAACGCUGCCAGGGAGGCCGACUUUGCUUUCAGUCAGCAUGGGGGCAGUACCAGCCCUGGGAAGAUGUACCCAGUGUGUGGCAGGCCUCUGGAUGAGACCCAGACUGGUGCCACUAAGAGCCCCAAGAUAAAGCCCUUUGGUUUUCAGCAGUCCAACGCCACUCCCAGAGAGUGCAACACUGGGACUCCUGUUAGCUCGGCGUCCAUGCUGGUCUCAUCUCUGUCCUGCAGCCCCCAGACCCCCGGCUCCAUCUCCAGCCCGGGGGGCAGCAACAACAUGGUGUCAUCCACCACCAGUCCUCCAGCGUGCUUCGGAGCAGCGUGUUCAUCCGUGGGCAGUCCUGUCAGCCAGACGUCUUGUGCUGCCACGCUGGCCAACAUCAAGCGUAGGAAUUCAGCCACAUGUAGCCCAGUGGAGUCCACCACUGUGGGCUCACCACCACUCACCAGCCCACUUAACGUCAUGAGGUCUCCCAUGUCCAGCCCUCAGAGUAUGAGCAGCGUGAGAUCGCCUCCGUCCUGCAGCACCACGUGUAACAUCCGCUCGUCCGUCUCGAGCCCCACAGGUGGCAGCUGCACCAGCACUGCCAACACCUGCAACCCAGCACGGCCUUCCAUCUCCAGUCCAGCCACCGGGAGCACUAUGGCUGUCGGCAGCCCACAGAACCCCUCCUCCGGUGGGUUUCCCGUGUCCAGUCCUGCGGGUGGACUGGGUUUGGUACAGAACGACACCAACAGCCCAGAAGACACAUCUCUGACCAGAGACCCAGACUUCAAGAACUUCGAGUUCCCCAAAGUGGAGAUGGCUGACGGGGAGGUGUUCAACGUGGGCCUGGACCAGAUGGGCAUGGUUAAGUACAUUAAGAACGAGCCCGGGACUGACUUCAGGAGCAUGUGCUUAGGCAGCUCUAAAUGUAAUGUGAGUAGCACACCCUUUAUCACACAGAUUAAGAAUGAGCCAAACAAAAACGAGGGAUGUAUGAAUCCUCAACCCUAUGGCGAGCACUCACCUUCUCUUGGACUCUUCUCCGCGUCUGAGACCACCUAUUUGUCCCUGAGGAAUAACAUUGACGAAUACAGUCUUUCUGGUAUCUUAGGACCCCCUGUCGCUAUGAAUGGGAACUAUGAGCCCGAUGUGUUCUCCAACAAUGUCCUGUCUAAAGGGGUUAAGCAGGAGCCUGCUGAUGGCAGCUAUUACCAAGAGAAUAACAGCAUGCCCACAUCGGCCAUUGUUGGAGUUAAUUCCGGUGGACACUCAUUCCACUACCAGAUUGGAGCCCAAGGAACAAUGUCUUUCACGCGGCACGAUGUGAGGGACCAGUCCAACCCUUUGUUGAGCCUAAUUUCGCCCGUAACGGCGUUAAUGGAGUCGUGGAAAUCUCGGCCAGGCAUGUCAGGCCGAGGUGAAGGAUACCCAGGUCCCAACUGCAUCACAGACAACAUGUCAAGUUCACCGCUGAGGCAGCCGUCCUCCACGGUCAAAGUGUGCCUGGUGUGCGGGGACGAGGCGUCGGGAUGUCACUACGGCGUGGUCACGUGCGGCAGCUGCAAAGUCUUCUUCAAGAGGGCAGUGGAAGGGCAGCACAACUACCUGUGCGCCGGCAGGAACGACUGCAUCAUCGACAAGAUCCGGAGGAAAAACUGUCCGGCGUGCCGCGUACGGAAGUGUCUCCAGGCCGGGAUGAACCUCGGAGCACGAAAGUCCAAAAAGCUGGGGAAGCUGAAGGGAGUCAGCGAGGACCUGCCGGGCUCCAAGGACGGCCAAACGGCCACAGGUGGCGCUGGAGGCGGCUACCUGUCCUCAGAGAAGGAGCUGAACGCCAGCGCUGCCAACGCCCUGGUGCCCCACGGGCCCGGGGGGGUCACGCCUUUUCUGCCGCCCUCCAUCUGCAGCGUGUUGGAGCUGAUCGAGCCCGAGGAGGUGUACUCUGGCUACGACAACACACAGCCUGACACCACCGACCACCUGCUGUCCAGCCUCAACCGCCUGGCCGGGAAGCAGAUGGUGCGCAUGGUGAAGUGGGCCAAAGUACUUCCAGGUUUCCGGGGCCUGCCCAUCGAGGACCAAAUAACCCUGAUCCAGUACUCGUGGAUGUGUCUGUCCUCCUUUUGCCUCAGCUGGCGCUCGUACAAACACACCAAUGGACAGAUGCUCUACUUUGCCCCUGACCUCAUCUUUAACGAGGACCGCAUGCAGCAGUCGGCCAUGUACGACCUGUGUCUGGGCAUGAGGCAGGUGAGCCAGGAGUUCCUGAGGCUGCAGCUCAGCUACGACGAGUUCCUCUCCAUGAAGGUCCUCCUGCUCCUCAGCACAGUUCCAAAGGAGGGUCUGAAGAACCAGGCGGCGUUCGAGGAGAUGAGAGUUAAUUACAUCAAGGAGCUCCGGCGCUCGGUGGGAAAAGCCACCAACAACUCUGGCCAAACCUGGCAGCGCUUCUUCCAGCUCACCAAGCUGCUGGACGCCAUGCAUGAUCUGGUGGGGAACCUGUUGGACUUCUGCUUCUACACCUUUCGCGAGUCCCGGGCGCUGAAGGUGGAGUUCCCGGAGAUGCUGGUGGAGAUCAUCAGCGACCAGAUACCAAAGGUGGAAUCGGGCCUCACUCACACAAUCUACUUCCACAAGAAGUGACUCGCUGACAAGCCGUCGGGACAGAAGCGACAUUUGAGAACUGGGAGGCGGUGAGAGGAGAGAGAGGCGUGCUCCGAGAGGCCGGCGCUGUCUGGCCUGCGCCCUGUCCCCCAGUACGCCGGCGUCCUCGUCUCGGACUGGGAAAGUGAAGUGGCGUGGUGGUGGAGGAAAUGGGAAAAAAGACGGAUUUUGACCAUGCGCUGAACCACGUGCAGGUCGGAGCUGUGAAUAGUCGUGGAGCCAGCGUGACGCGCUGAAUAGCACUUGUGACAAAGCAUCCCGAAGUACCUCCCGUGUGCCCCCCCCCCCGUCCCCCCCCGUCCCUGCCCCAAAGACAAUAACAGUAUUUUCUAUGGAGACGAAGCCAUACAUUUCUUAGGAUGCGCUAGAUAUAGUCACCACGUGCACACACACACUCACACACACACACACACACACACACACACAUAGAGGGAAAUUGAUACACAUGCUGUCCACAUGCCUCCACGCAAACGCACAGACGCACUCCACAUGCACUAAAAUCAGAUGAACUGACUAAUCUGGAGAAAAAGAAAAGAAAAAAAAGGUUUUUGCAAAUAUUAACUGUGGCUUAUGCAGUCUUUCACAAAUAAUAGCAGUAUUUAAAAAAAAAAAAAAACAUGCCAAUACUUAGAUUUUCUCGCUUUGCAGUGGAGCAACAUGCUGCAGGACGACAGGAACAUCACGAGGAGGCACAGGAAUUAAAAAAAAACACUGUACGGCUAAAUGUCUAUUUGAAUAUACAGUAUUCCAAGGGCUAAACCAGCGUCAUCAUCACAAGCUGAAUAAUUACACUCAUUGGAACAAGUCCAAGUUGGAAGCUCGAUCUGAGUCGUCACAGCCUCAUCAACAUCCACAUACUGAGUUUCUUUAUCAAUUACAAAAAUGUAGUAAAACAAUCAAAUCUAAUAUGCAAAGGUCCAAAGCUAACUCUGUUUUGAAAUGAAAAACAUGUCUCUCUCUCUCUCUCUUUGUAAAAGGAAAAGCGUGCACGUGAGGCUCCCAUGUCAUGAAGUCACUAUUUUUGGCAUUGUGUGGAAUUAAUGCGACAUUGACGAGCAAUUUUACCGUAGUGCAGAAAUGGCCGGGAGUGCUGCAGGACGGGGGGGGGGGGGAAACAUGGCCGCAUUAAAGGAAAUGGUUUUUUCGGUCGAGUCCGCUGUGGUAAUGGAUUUGACUGAGGUGCAUCCAUAGUAAUUGCUGUCAUUUGUGUUAUCUCCAGAGCAGCUGUCCAAAUGUCUGUUUUUACUCGCAAUGAAGCAAAACCAGCCCUUUGUGAAUCAAUACUUAUCUACUCUUCCCAGAAAUAAUAAAAAAGCAUUUUAUAAAAGUGUGUUGCAAAAGGUUUAGUUUUUGACAAAGCCAGUCAUUUUACAUUAAGGUGCUUCAUUUCUACAGAAAGCCAGACAAAUCAUAACAUGUACAGUAACUUGUAGAGCAGUCCGUCCCCCCCCCCCACUAUACGGAUGGACCCGCAGUUUAAAGACACAUACUAUGUAAAAGUUGAUAUAAUCCAAAAUGGAGCGUAACUCUACGCAGUGCUUACAGCAAAUGGCUAAUGUAUCAAAACCAGGCAAACGUGUACAGGUAUUAACUUCUUAAACCCGUUCUCUUCAGCAGAUGUUGUACAGAUGUUUCCAAGUACAUGUUGAUGAAUGCUUGAUGAAGAACUGUCGGUAUAAUCAACCCCCCCCCCCCGCCACUUUAGUUUGUUUCCUUUCUCUCAGCUUUGGGCCGAGUACUGCUACUUUAGGUAUGGGGCCCAGUCAUCUGGACCAUUAACUCUUGUCUCUCACCCCACUGGUUUCUGGGUGGUUGUGGAACACUACUAUGAUGCUACUGAAAAGCGAUAGAGCCGCUGGGAGGGAGGGGGGGAGAAAAACAGUGGGUGCGUGUGUGUGUGUGUUGUUGUUUUUUUCUUUCUGUGCCCUGUGAGUGUGUAUUUACAUGCGAGUAUGGAGCGAGCGGGCCUGCGUGCGUGUGUGUCUGUGUGUGUGUGUGGUUUAUUUUUGUUUGUUGUUUUUCAUGGCAAGCAUGUGCAUAGUUGAUCUGCUCCUUCAGCGUGGGUAUUACGCAGUUAUGUUAUAGGAUUAGCCACAUCCUAUUUCCACAUUUAGAUUUUUGCACAGAGUGGAUACAAUGUGAAAUGAGGCAUUAAUGCAGCUACAGCAGGAAUGAUCUGUGUUGAUAAGCAACUGUGAUGAUCUGGGGGGGGGGGGGGGGGGGGAGACUUUCUGCACGGGCCACCAGCCUAAAGUUAAACAACAUGACAUCGCUGGCAGAGCGGGGGGGCACGAGGUGGGGUUUCGUGGCCUUGGCAGUGUGUGGGGGGGGCGACUGAUGUACCAAACCAGGAUCACAACUAUCACUAGGGACUGUGUGACAAUUAUUAGGAGGUAGGCGAGGGCAAGAAAAAAGGGGGAAAUGUUAGAUUUUUGAGCAGGGGAGGGUGGGGGGGGCAGGGGGGGGGGGGUAGUUUCACUUUCAUCUUUUACCCGACUCGCUGUAUUUUCAUGAGGUUUCCUUUCUGUCAUGUAUACGUUUUCUUUUUCAGAUACAGGGGCAGGGUACUGCAGUUUUUUUUUCUAACCCCAACAUUAAUAUCACAUUCCACCGUAAUAAUUUUCAUACAGUCCCUUUAUCAGCAGGGCCUCAUUUUACGAUCCGUCUCACGUCAUGCGUCGUUGUGUUCACGUUGUGUUCACGUUGUGUUCACGUUGUGUUCACGUUGUGAAGGACCCUGAAGCUAAUCUCUCACUGUUUCUUUUAUUUUGCCCCUUUUUUUUUGUCCUUUUUUAAAAAGGUUAAAAAAAAAGACUGUCUAAAGGUUCAUAGGAUGACUGGGAAAGUAUUUUUGAGAGAAUUAUAUUUUGCUGGAAAACAAUAUUUAAGUACUUUGUCUAAAAAUGAUAUCCUUUUUUGUAAAAUGAAAAUGUUAAUGCAUGCUUUUUGAUGAGAUGUUUACAUUGUAUUUAAAAAAGGGAAACUUGUGCCUUUUUAUCUCACAUGAUUUACAAUUUUACAGUAUAUAUAUUGUAAAUAAUACAGCAAGUCCUUAUGUUGAGUAUAGUAUAAGACAUUUCUACUUUAACCAUCUUGUUGGAAUAUUGGAAAGUUUCCCACUCGCCAUGUUCUGUGUGUUGGCUCACAGAGAAGAAUUUACAAUGAGGGUUGGCGGCAGCGGGGGCCAAGCGGAGAAAUGAAUGUAUCGUACAUUGUGAGAGACUUACGGAACUUACUACCUGAAUGUUACGGAGAGUAAAAACAGUAAAAAAAAUAUAAUAAAUACAUGGAUAAAUAAAAAAAAUAACAAUAAUCAAACAAAACGUAUUUCUUAUUUUGUAACAAGAUGUAAGUGAUGGAUCAUUGAGUUGUUGCUGUUGAAAUUAUUUCCUAACCCAUGACGGUAUUGUUGUUGAGCACCACAAUAAAAUGGAGAAGUCACAAACUAUUGAA